AUGGCCGUGUGGGUGAAGAAAGCGCUCAAGUACCGCCUUUUGGCUUUGGGGUGUCUGACUUUGCUGGCCAUGGCCACUCUGAAAUAUUCAUCCACGUGGAACUGCGACUACACCGACCUGGGAGUGGAUACGCGGCACCUUGGGAACGAAUACUGUAAGGAUCAGCUCUACCGGGCCUUGAAGCUGCCUCCCCAGAAUCGGAUCAACUGUUCUCAGAUCAUCAAAGGGGACAGGAGUGCCCUGGAGGAGGCCAGUUUACGGAGUCUGGAAGCGAAGAGGGUACCCCUCACAGAAACCCAGUACCUCCACAUGACCAAAGACUGCAGUGACUUCAAGAACGAGCGAAGAUUUAUCCAGUUCCCCCUGAGCAAGGAGGAAGAGAACUUUCCCAUCGCCUAUUCUAUGGUGAUCCACCAGAAGAUCGAGAACUUUGAAAGACUCCUCAGGGCCAUCUACGCCCCUCAGAACGUGUACUGCGUCCACAUUGACGAGAAGUCUCCCGAGCCUUUUAAGGAGGCAGUCAGGGCGAUCACCUCGUGCUUCCCGAACGUCUUCGUGGCCACUAAACUCGUAGCCGUGGUCUACGCUUCCUGGUCCCGAGUGCAAGCGGAUCUCAACUGCAUGGAAGACCUGCUCCGGAGUCCGGUGCCUUGGAAGUACCUCUUAAACACCUGCGGGACGGACUUCCCCAUCAAGACCAACGCUGAGAUGGUGCGGUCUCUGAAAGUUCUGAACGGGAAGAACAGCAUGGAGUCGGAGGUGCCCUCGGCCUACAAAAGGAGCCGGUGGAAACACCGCUACAUGGUGGCGAAGAACACGCUGUUCCAGAUGAAGAUGGAGAAGGGCCCCCCACCCGACAACGUGCCCAUGUUCACCGGAAACGCCUAUUUCGUGGCCUGCAGGAGCUUCGUCCAGCAUCUCUUCGAGAACCCGCGGGCCCGAAAACUGAUCGAGUGGACCAAUGACACGUACAGCCCGGACGAGCACCUCUGGGCCACCCUGCAGCGGGUGCCUUGGAUGCCGGGCUCCAUCCCUCACCACUCCAAGUACCACACCUCCGACCUGAACGCCAUCGCCCGGCUGGUCAAGUGGAUGGGCCACGAAGGAGACGUCGGCAAGGGGGCACCCUACGCCCCCUGCACGGGAACCCACCAGCGGGCCGUCUGCAUCUACGGGGCCGGAGACCUCCACUGGAUGCUCCAGAAUCAUCACCUGCUGGCCAACAAGUUUGACCCCCAGGUGGACGACAACGCGCUCCAGUGCCUGGAGGAAUACCUGCGCCACAAGGCCGUCUACGGAAGGGCGCUCUGA